ACAGCCGGUUAUUACCAUAUCCUUUCGUUCCUGGUAUUCGAUUCGCUUAAAUAUCCGAAAUCCUAGUUUCAGUUAAGUCGAUAAAACAGGAAAAUGUUAGGAAAAUGAACAUUCUCGUCUUCUUAAUAUACGUACCGACAAUGCGAACGUAGGAUUUUUCGCGGCUUGUACAGGUUGGAUAUAUAUAUAUAUAUAUAUGUAUAUAUAUCAUCAUCACCGAUCAGCAUCAACGAGAAAGGCGAAAUAAUUGUGUUGUUAGAAGAAAUUUGAACAACUGUAUGGAGAUUUGUCGGAGAUAAUUAAAUACAUCGAAUUAUGGAUUCUGCACCAGCAUUAGAAACUGUCUAUCAAGCUGUUUAUUCUUUGUACAAUAAUUCCAAUCCAUCCGAUUCGGGUAAAGCAUCAUCAUGGCUUGAAGAAUUACAAAAAUCAGUUUACGCAUGGAAAAUAGCUGAUGAAAUGUUGCAGCAAAAACGAGACAUCGAGUCUUGUUAUUUUGCUGCACAAACAAUGCGUACAAAAAUCCAGUCAUCGUUUCAUGAAUUACCUGCCGAAGCUCAUACUUCACUACGUGAUUCAUUGAUGGACCAUAUAUCACAGAUUAAUGAAAACACCAAUACUGCCAUUGUUACACAGUUGUGUUUAGCAAUGGCUGCUCUAACAAUACAAAUGACAUCGUGGCAUAAACCCGUUGUAGAUUUAAUUAACAGAUACGGUGGAAGAAGUAACAGUCUUUGGCCAUUACUUGAGAUUUUAACCGUACUUCCAGAAGAAGUUAAAUCCAGAUCACUUAGAUUAGGGACUACCAGACGAGAACAAGUAAUGGUUGAACUUAAAGCAACCGCUGAUACAGUUGCUGAAUUCUUGAAAAUGUGUUUGAAAGAUGGUAGUGAAAAUAUACUAGUACGAGUUACUAUCUUUCGAUGUUUCACCAGUUGGAUUACUGUUGGUGCUAUACCUCUUCGAGUUAUACCUACAAGUGACAUAGUAGCAUACGUAUUUCAAGUAUUGGGUGAUCAUCAAGCAGGCUCUCUAUUACAUGAAUCCGCUGCGGAUUGUUUGUGCGUUAUUUUACAAGCAUUACAAGAUGACGUUACUAUUAAUCGAGAUAACAAUUGUGAACUAAGCGCUCAACAAUAUCAACAACUACAAAUGUGUCUUUUUACCAAUGUUGUGGAUUUGGAACAACCAUAUCAUUUAUCUGUAGUUCAUGAAGAUAUGGAAAAAUCUAUCAAUUAUUGUCGCAUUUUUACGGAAUUGGCUGAAACGUUUAUCGACACUAUUAUAGAUGGUAGUAUGGAUGGGAAACAACAUUAUGCUAUACGAAUUCUUGAUCUUGUUCUCAUGUGUCUUGGACAUCACGAUUACGAAGUUGCUCAGAUAACUUUCCAUCUUUGGUAUCGAUUAUCAGAAGCUAUUUAUCAAAGGAAUAGCGAAGAUUUAAAUAUUGUAUUUAGACCACAGUUUCAACGAUUGAUAGCUGCACUUUGUAGGCAUUGUCAAAUGGAACCAGAUCACCUCGGUUUAGUAGAAGAAGGUGGAGGAGGUGAAGAAUUUGCUGAUUUUCGCAAACGUGUGUCAGAACUAGUUAAAGAUGUAGUAUUUGUAGUUGGCAGUAGUAAUUGUUUCCGACAAAUGUUUAAUUCGUUAACGGGUGGUCCUGGUCCUCAAGGAUUACCUGUUCCUACUCCUACAUGGGAUACGAUAGAGGCUGCACUUUUUAUAAUGCAAGCAGUCGCUAAAAAUAUUUUACCAGAGGAAAGCGAUAUAGUUCCACAAGUAGUCGAAGCGAUUCUUAAAUUACCAGAAAAUACUCACAUUGCUGUACGACAUAUUAGUAUACUUUUGUUAGGAGAAUUAUGUGAAUGGAUAGAAGAUCAUCAUUUAUGGUUAGAACCAAUAUUAAAUACUUUGUUGGCCUGUUUAAAUCAAAAGGGAUUAGGAAAUGCAGCUGCCAGCGCUCUUUUAAGUAUUUGCACUGUAUGCCCGCAUCGCAUGGCACCUCAUUUUAAUGUAUUGUUACAAAUAGCACGUUCCUUUGAUAAUUUAAAUUUAAGCGUUGAAGCUUCUAUUAAAUUAUUGAAAGGCGUGUCAUUAAUUCUUGCAAGAUUACCUAAAGACGAAAUAGGACCAGCGAUGAAACAAUUAUGCUGGUAUCAAGCAAUGCCUCUUUAUCAGCUUAUACAAAGUAAACCACCAGUUGAGAGGGGAACUAAGACUGAUCCUGCAAUAUGGUUAGAUAGAUUAGCAGCAAUAUUUAGGCAUACCAAUCCUAAAAUCGAGGAUGAAAAUGCACCACAUCCAUGUCAAAUGGUUAUCACCGAAAUGUGGCCAAUAUUGUCAAAUGUAUGUACACAAUAUCAACAUGAUCCAAGACUCAUGGAACGAGUUUGUCGUUGUUUAAGGUUCGCUGUUAGAUGUGUAGGUAAACAUUCAGCACAUCUUCUUGAACCACUCGUCGAACAGAUUGUACAAUUAUAUGCUACGCAUCAACAUAGUAGCUUCCUAUACCUCGGUUCCAUUUUAGUCGACGAAUAUGCUACAGAUUUAGAUUGCGUGACAGGAUUAUUGAACAUGUUGGAAGCUUUCGUUGGUCCUACUUUCACCAUUCUUCAAGAAACAGAUGGUUUGAAGAAUCACCCUGAUACCGUUGAUGAUCUCUUUAGAUUAUGCGAUAGGUUUUUACAAAGAGCACCUGUUCCUUUUCUACGUUCAUCAAUAAUAGGUAGCAUAAUUGACUGCGCUUUAAUGGCAUGCAGUUUAGAUCAUAGAGAUGCUAACGCUUCAGUUAUGAAAUUCUUUUAUGAUCUUAUACAUACUGCUAGUUGUUUUGAGAAAAGUUCGGAUUUCACGAUACGACAACAACUAGUGAGAGAAAUAUUAGCAGAAAAGGGACAAACAUUAGUUAUAAGACUUCUUCACGCUUCUGUAUUUUCCUUACCUGCGUACAUGGCAUCAGAUGUUGCAGACGUACUCCUAGAACUUAAUUCUACCAACAGACAGUCAUUUUCCAAAUGGUUAGAAGAAGCCAUUAAAUCAAUGCCGCUUCAAAAUCCAGAUGGAUCUCCUACGGCAACUAACGAAGAGCUCGUUCAAUUACACAACACCAUUAUAAGUGCCGACGCAUCUAAACCUGUGGCGACUGCCUUAAAAAUCUUCGCUCGUUACUACCGUUGAUGCAAUACGACGAUUUAUCGUUUAUUUUAAUCAG